AUGUCCGAAUCCAAAUCAUUAGGAGAGCUCGAAAAUUCAGAGGAGUUGAGGUCAUUGGCCUUAACUCCAACAUGGUCUGUUGCUUCUGUUUUGACUAUAUUUGUUGCUGUUUCACUGCUUGUGGAGCGGACAAUUCACAGUUUGUGUAAUUGGUUGAAAAAAACUAAUCGGAAACCAUUGCUUGCAGCAGUCGAGAAAAUGAAGGAAGAAUUGAUGCUUCUUGGCUUCAUCUCUCUCCUCCUUACGGCAACAUCAAGCAUUAUAUCUAAUAUAUGUAUACCGUCAAAGUUCUACAAUAGUGCAUUUGCUCCAUGCACCAUGCAAGAAGUUGAUGAGGAAAGGGAAAAUAAGGAUAUAAAGGAAUCCUUUUAUAAUCCUCACUCGCAUAGGAGAGUGUUUAAUGUGCUGAAUCAGAACACCUGCAGGAAGAAUUAUGAACCAUUUGUCUCAUAUGAAGGCCUUGAGCAACUGCACCGCUUCAUCUUUGUCAUGGCAAUUACGCAUAUAUCUUACAGCUGCUUAACAAUGCUGUUGGCAAUUGUUAAGAUUCACAGUUGGAGAGUAUGGGAGGACGAGGCUCACAUGGACAGACAUGAUUCAUUAACUGAAAUCACAAGUGCAAAAACAAUGCAAAGGCAAUCUACCUUUGUUAGGGUUUAUACAUCAACUCCUACGGCCAGGCAUAGCAUCCUCAUUUGGGCGACCUGUUUCUUUCGGCAGUUUGGGCGUUCAGUGGUCCGGGCAGAUUACCUUUCACUCCGCAAAGGAUUCAUCACAAAUCACAACCUUACUUCAAAAUAUGAUUUUCACAGCUAUAUGGUUCGCUCCAUGGAAGAAGAAUUUCAACGUAUAGUUGGUGUUAGAUCCUGCUUAACUUUGUGUUUAAUUGCACUGGAUACAACUGAAAAUUGCUCCGUGCAGUAUUUUGAGGUAAAUCAUCAGUCACCUUUGAGAAUUGAUUAUCCAGAUAAAUUCCAGAUUUCUCCAGAAUGUUUGACCAUGAUUUAUUCUAAGUUCUUGGAUGAGGUUCCUCUACUCAAGGCUACAUCAGAAAGGUCUAAGGAUAACAAAAGGAAGAGGGCAAGAAGUUUUGACCUUCAUGCAUGUGCAGACUGGUGGAAGGGCAAAUCAGAUUUGAGUAAAAAGCUUUUGUUGAAGCAAGUAUUUGAGAAAGAUGUAGGAUUGGAUGCUUCACCACCAUCUUUUGAUAGGGGAUGCUUAGCUUCUGCAAGGAGGAAAGAAAAGAUAAAAGCUUCCAAGCUUCGAAUCCAAAAGAUUAUGCAUCCACUUGUAGCCGAUUCUGGUGAUGGGAAUGAUAUUUGUGCCUUCAAACGUAUAAAAUCUGGGAAGAAGCAAAGGAAAAACCAGUUUAUGAUUCUAUGA